AAUGCUGUACAUUUUGCCAUGACAAAGCUUGGAGAUGACUAUUGUCCUCGUGAGAUUCAUACUAUUGAAUCGAUGCCGUUAAUAUGCCAAUGGACACUUUCAGUUUUAAACAAGGCCGUAUGGAAAACUAUAUCAGCUUUCGAGUCAUACAAGUUCUCAGACGCUUCUACAGUCUUAUAUUCAUGGUGGCAAUAUCAAUUUUGUGAUGUCUUUAUUGAAGCGGUCAAACCUUACUUUGAGAACUUAUCAGAGUUUGAAUAUGCUAGAGAAGCCUCAAGGGAUACUCUAUGGAUAUCUCUAGACACCGGUUUGCGUCUUUUACAUCCCGUGAUGCCAUUUAUUACUGAAGAAUUAUGGCAGCGUCUCCCUCGAGCAGAAGGAAAGAAAGAAUCCAUUAUGAUAUCAGAGUAUCCAUCAGUUGUGGAGGCAUGGACAAAUGAGGGGAUUGAGGAAGAUCUAGAGAUUGUUAAUGCUGCUGUGAGAAAGUUUAGAUCGCUACGUCCGCAAUGCAACGAGAACAGAAGAUUUCCAGCUUUUGCACUCUGCCGAGGACAUCAUAUCACUAAUAUCAUGAAGACCUAUGAAUUUGAGAUAACAACUCUCGCAUCUGUAUCUUCUUUAAAGGUUCUGGUUGAGAAUGACAUGGCUCCAGCUGGAUGUGCUGAAGAUAUCGUAAAUAAGAACCUGACCGUGUAUCUCAAGCUUGAAGGAACACUUGAUACAGAAACUAAUUAG